AUGGAGAAGAAACGAGAGAUCUGUGAGUACAGAGACAAACUAGACAAGACCUUGUCUUCUCCUGAGCUCACCGAUCACGAGACUCUCAAAUCACUUCUCAGAAAUCAGCUUUGCUCUUCUCAAGAGUGUGAUGAGAAUAUAUUGGAGAAAAGAACAGAGGAUGUAUCGAAUCUACUCAGCAAGCUUAGAAGUGUAUCCAUGACGGAUCAUCAAGUUUCUAAAGUAACCAACGAUGCAUCAUCAUUUGGUGAUUGGAAAUUGAAACAUGAUCAUGAAGAUUGCCGUGUUAUGUACCGUGAAGGCCUAGAGGGAAGUCCUUUUCACACUUUGCUCGUUGAAGGUUACAUGGAUGGCCCUAUCCAAGACUGUUUGUGCGUUUCGUGGGAAGCAACACUCUACCAGAAAUGGUGGCCACAGUUUACAUUUCCGCCAUUCAGGAUCUUGAAAAGCACAUGCUUGCAAAAGGUCGGGAUCGGUGAACAAGUAUGUUUAGCAAGGAUGAAGGUACCAUGGCCAUUAACGGACAGAGAGAUUAUUGUUCACUAUUUCUCUUUUGAAUACUUCAAAGAUGGCUUAGUCGUCAUCCUUUUGAACUCGAUCUCUGACUUAGACAGCAUCGGAGUUUCCUCUACGGACACAUUACCUGAAUCACCGGAUGCAGUGAGGAUUGAUCUCGUAGGAGGAUUCGUUUUACAAAAGGUUACUCCACAGAGAAGUUACUUCAGGACGAUAGCGGAUAUGGAUAUAAAGAUGGACUUAAUCCCUCCAUCGCUUAUUAAUUUCAUAUCUAGGCAGCUCAUCGGCAACGGUUUCAGACUCUACAAAAAGUCAGUUGCGUCGGUGGCUAAAUUUGAUGAAGAUUACAACAGAGCUUUAGCUGAUCCUUUGUACACUAAGAUACGUAGAGCUCUGUAUCCAACUGAUAAAGAAAUUGAACAAGAGACAAAGUUGGAGUUAGUCAACGAAGUGAUUAAUGGUGAUUCUCUGGCAAAGAAGGAACAUGAUAAUGCUAGUGAAAAUGAACCUGUCCAUUGCAAAAAAGCUGUUACUGAGAUUGAGGAAGAAGAGUUUGAAGAAAGCGCAUCUUCAGAGGAUGGAAAUGUAGUUUGCAAGAGUGAUACAGGUAUGAGAAGACGUUUUUGCAUAAGUCCAGAGGUAGAACAAGCUUUAGGGACUCUAGAGAGAGUAAUAUACAUGGUUAGAAAUAUAACGCCGGUCCAAGAAGCAGAGGAAAUGUCGCCACAUAGAGCAGCAGAGGAUCAGGCAAAGCAAGUAAGUUUGUUAGAGAAGAUUGUUGAAAGUGUUCCUCAAAGAUCACAGAGGCAAGAUUUUUCAACAUCGACAGUCACACAAGCAGAGAAGCGAGACAAUGAGUCACGACAAGAGAAUGGGAUGUUGAACAAAGGUAAGAAAUCGAGCUUGCAGAGAAAACGCAAGGCACGCUGCUUUGCUCUCAGGUCUUGGCUCUAA